AUGACCGAUAUGCAACAAACAGGUUCAAUACAAGGGCAAGGACCUGGACAAGAAUUACAACCUAAUCAGCCCACUAGCCAAAAUCCUCCUCAAAAUGCUGAAAAUCAGGGACAAGUUUAUGAACAACCUAGAGAAGUCAGCUUCAAUGUUAAUGAAAAUUAUCAAAUCCUUGAAGUUGUAGGGGAAGGAGCAUAUGGAAUUGUUUGUUCAGCUGUUCAUAAACCAACUAACCAGAAAGUUGCCAUCAAAAAGAUUGAACCAUUUGAGAGAUCAAUGUUAUGUUUAAGAACCUUGAGAGAAUUAAAACUUUUGAAACACUUCAAUCAUGAAAAUAUCGUUAGCAUUUUGGCAAUUCAAAGACCCGUAAAUUAUGAAUUGUUCAAUGAGAUUUAUCUCAUCCAGGAAUUAAUGGAAACUGAUUUACAUAGAGUCAUACGAACUCAAAAAUUGAGUGAUGAUCACAUUCAAUACUUUAUUUAUCAAACUUUGAGAGCUUUGAAAUGUUUGCAUUCGGCCAAUGUUUUACAUAGAGACUUAAAACCAUCGAAUUUAUUAUUAAAUUCGAAUUGUGAUUUGAAAAUUUGUGAUUUUGGAUUAGCAAGAAGUAUUGCUAGUAGUGAAGACAAUUUCGGUUUCAUGACAGAGUAUGUUGCCACAAGAUGGUAUAGAGCUCCAGAAAUUAUGUUAACUUUCCAAGAAUAUACAACAGCCAUUGAUGUUUGGUCAGUGGGUUGUAUAUUGGCGGAAAUGUUAAGCGGUAGACCACUAUUCCCAGGAAGAGAUUAUCAUAAUCAAUUGUGGUUAAUCAUGGAAGUUUUGGGAACCCCUAACAUGGAAGACUAUUACAACAUCAAACUGAAAAGAGCCAGAGAAUAUAUCAGAUCCUUACCAUUUUGUAAAAAAAUCCCUUUCCAAAAUUUGUUUGCCAACAUAAAUAAUCAAAUCAAUCCUUUAGCAUUAGAUUUAUUAGAAAAACUUUUGAUUUUCAACCCCACCAAAAGAAUCACCGUUGAUGAUGCCUUAAAACAUCCUUAUUUAAAAUUAUAUCAUGAUCCUAACGAUGAACCAAUAAGUGAGAAAAUUCCUGAAGAUUUCUUCGAUUUUGAUAGAAAGAAAGAUGAAUUGACAAUCGAAGAUUUGAAGAAAUUAUUAUAUGAUGAAAUCAUGAAACCUUUAUAG